AUGAAAAAUAGACAUUUGUCUCCCAUUUGCGCUCAAUGUCCAGAAAUGGUGCGCAUCGUCGCCGAUGGUGAGUAUGAGCCAUGGUAUAGUCGACGAGCUUGUCCAGUGUUUUGUUACCCAUGCGUGCCCGCCUAUAUGGGAAUUUGGAAAGCCAGAAAAUGCGUACUUAUUCUUGGUGCAAUUCUGUUCUUCCUCGGUGUUAUGAUACUCCUGGCCAUGUUGCUCACCUGCAUCGCUGUGGAAUGCUCUGUUGCCAGUGCACUAAUACCGCUUGCGCUAAUUCUCUUAAUCGUUGGAAUAUUGCUCUUUCAUUGCGGAUGGGCAGCACAUUUACUGGACGAUAGUGGACAAAUUCCGAUCAGAAAAACUGUAACCACAACGACGACCACAUACGAGGAUCCAGAAAGUGAUCUAGCUGAACAACGACUGUUUGAGUCGGCUUACAGAGAGCCUAUCCCGGAGGUUAAGCAAGGUUACUGGCAAUUUGAUGAAAGGGAAUCCUGGCAAGCCGUGGCGAAUCCUUAUCCGAUACAGCACACGCUCAAACACUGCCUGGAAAGACAGCCCUAUUGAGGGUUGGAAUUUGCAUGUAUCAAAAGACGAACUCACACUAUUUGCAGUAGUUUGGACGCAAAGUGCUAUUUUUCCCAUUAUUUUGUUCUUAUUUGUCCAAUCGAUGAUUCUCGUGUUUGGUGCCAAGCAGAAUUGUGUAUAACUUCGGCGAUAUUGUCUAAUACAUCGGCUACAAAUUCCAUGCCUAUCCCUCUUGACGGU